UUGAACGAUUUUUUGCAAUGGUUCAGGGUGCUAGAAGACUAUACAACCAAACUCCUCCAGGUAUUUCUUCAGAUGAUAUCAGUACUUACUGAUUUUUGAUAAUAGAUAUGACAAGAAUAUUUUUGAUAGUGUAGCAGUAGACGACUAAUUUUGUAGAAUUCUGCAUGUCGUGUUCUUCUUAUUGUUUCACUAAUUAUCUAGGACACAAUUUAUUCGCAGUAUACGUGUUCUUGCAUGACUUGUUUCAAAUUGCUGAUUCAAUCUUUUAUUCGUCUGAAAUCUCUCUGAAAACUGGAGACACUCCCAGGGCCGACGUUCUUAUACUACCAAAUAAUACUUUCGAGGAUGAAGGGUGGUACGCAUGCGUGGCAGCUAAUAGCUUGGGUUCUACUUCGUCACUGGGAUAUCUUCACGUCAUAGAACCUCCUGUACUUCCCAUGCUGAAUCCAUUCAUCAUCCUAAUGAUAUCUGUUUUCGCAGUCAUUUUUAUGAAAGGUUUUAUAGUUCUAUACUGCACUUAUAAGAAUCAGUGA